CCAAGUCCCUUCAGCAAUUAGAAAUAAAUGAUUAAUAGCGGGGAGAAAAAUAGGACAGAGAAGGGGAAAAAACCCCAAUUUAAAUAGAGGAGGAAACAGAGUACUUGAACAUUGCUGAAUGAAGACUAAGUCCAACAGAUGCAGUAGUGAGAAGUGACUGAAGCAUUCUGGGAGAAGUCACCGCAGACACCGCGACUCAGAAGGGGAUCGAGCAGGACCCACUGUCAAAGAACGGAAUAGCCCCAAACAUUACAUUGCUGUAGUGUUUCCAUUCUUCCCCCCCUCCUCAAACCAAAAAAAGAGAGGCAAUACCUUCAGAAGAGCACCAGACCUGCAAGGGACACUCUCUUCUGAAAGUGGAUUUUAAAAAAAAAGCAGCUGAUUGAUUUCUUGCUGAACAGUAAAUUCUGCAAUGGAGAAAAGCAUUGUGAGUGACUGUGGCCCUGCUACUGAUAGCAAGGACUUUGAUGUUUUCAGUGCGAUGGACUGGAAGGAUGGAAUAGCAACACUUCCAGGGAGCAAUUUAAAGUUCAGAGUAAAUGAAUUUGAUGCUUUGGAGAUCAUCACAGAUGAAACAGAAGUAGAAAGGAUAAGGAAGGCGACUGCGACAACAACAUGGAGUGUGCCAACAGCACAAGAAGCUCUGUCUAGAAAUCCCAAUCCAUCAAACACAGAGGAGCCACCCAGUAUGGACGGUAUACUUUGCUGUGAAAAUUGCGGUCAUUAUGGGACGACCGAGGAGUUUAGUCAUGGAAGUAAAUUUUGCAGUGAAAGGUGUAUGCAGCAAGCAAAAGAAAAGAUAUCUAUUCUGAGAAAGGAACCAUCAACAUGCAACAAUGAAGAAGUUGUAAGAGGUAAUCGUAAAAAGAGACAAAAACCAGCUUCAACUACAAAAGGAGACAUUAAAGAAAAUGGAGAGAUGCUGAAGGACGAAGAGGAAGAUAUUGAAGAGAAACAAGGAGAGCUGAAGGUGCUGAAAGUAACUCAGAACAACCAUGUCCGAGCACGGAGAAAAAGAAAAGGUGACUCUGGAUUACUGAAGCAAACUUUAACUUUUGGUGGAAAGAGAAAAGCCUGGAGUUGGGCAUCUUAUUUGGAAGAAGAAAAAGCUGUUGUGGCACCUACUAAGCUUUUCAAAGAGUGCCAGUCGUUUCCACAGAGCAAAAAUGGAUUUAAAGUUGGAAUGAAACUUGAAGGGAUUGACCCUGAACACCCAUCUAUGUACUGCGUUCUUAGCGUGGCUGAGGUGUGUGGCUACAGAAUAAGGCUCCACUUUGACAAAUACUCUGAUUGCUAUGACUUCUGGGUAAACGCUGACUCGUCAGACAUUCAUCCUGUGGGAUGGUGUGAGAAAACUGGACAUAAGCUUAACCCUCCCAAAGGAUACAAAGAAGAUGAGUUUAACUGGCCAUCUUACCUGAAGAUGUGCAAGGCUCAAGCUGUGCCCAAAUCCCUGUUUGAAAACCAAAAUACGACAAUUACUCCACUAGGCUUCCGAGUGGGUAUGAAACUAGAAGCAAUUGAUAAAAAAAAUCCAGAAUUUAUUUGUGUGGCAACGGUGUCUGACAUGGUAGACAAUCGUUUCUUGGUGCAUUUUGACAACUGGGAUGAAAGCUAUGACUAUUGGUGUGAUGCCACUAGUCCUUACAUUCACCCUGUUGGAUGGUGCCUACAGCAUGGGAAAACCCUUACAACACCUCCAGAUUAUCAUGAUCCUAAACGGUUUUCAUGGGAGAAGUAUUUAGAAGAAACAAACUCUCUGCCUGCUCCUGCACGGGCUUUUAAAUCUCGGCCCACACACGGAUUUCUUCCAAACAUGAAAUUUGAGGCCGUUGACAAGCGGAAUCCAUUGCUAAUCAGAGUAGCGACAGUUAUAGACACAGAUGAUCACAUAGUAAAGAUACAUUUUGAUGGCUGGAACUAUGAUUAUGAUUACUGGAUUGAUGCUGACAGUCCUGAUAUCCAUCCUGCAGGCUGGUGUGCUAAAACUGGACACCCUCUUCAACCACCUAUCAGUCCAUUAGACCUGGUGGAAGCUUCUGAACAAGGAGGAUGUCCUACUCCGGGAUGUAAAGGGAUUGGGCACAUAAAAGGAGUGAAACAUUCAGGUCAUCAUAGUGCAUUAGGUUGUCCGUACUCUCAGAUCAACCUGAACAGAGAAAAUGUGCUGCAAGAUCGUGUGAGUGGAGAGGUACCAGCCUCUACUCCUGGUGUACUGAAGAGCAAGAGAGUGGAACUAGAUGGAGUAGAAAUAACCCCCAGUUUAUCGAACAUCACAUCUCAUGGGAAAUUCUCAAAAGACCAUUGGCCCUCAGAAGCUGCUGCCCAAGGAGAGAGGAAUGCUGAAGACUCUAUCUCUGAUGAUGAACCACCACGCAAGAAAUCUCUUGUGUGUGCCAGCAAAGGAAGGAAAUACCCCAGAGCUGGAAGGCCAAUAAAGCAUCCAAGAAUAAAGCAGGAAGCAGUUGUUACAAAUAAAGUUAACUGGCAAAAUGAAAACAAAGAAAAUGAUGAUUUCAACCUGCAGCAGGCAUUGCAUCAGUCUGUGUUUAUGUCUUCAGCAUCACCCAGUCUGCCUCUCUGCUGGGAACAGCACAGCAAGCUAUUACCUGGGGUUGCUGGAAUCACUGCCAGAAAGGUAGCAAAAUGGACUAUCGAAGAGGUAUCUGAAUUUAUACUAAGUUUACCAGGUUGUGAAGAACAAGCCAAAGCAUUUAGGCAUGAGCAAAUUGAUGGAGAAGCAUUUCUACUACUGACACAGACAGAUAUUGUGAAAAUAAUGAGCAUUAAACUAGGACCAGCUCUGAAAAUCUACAAUUCCAUCCUCAUGUUUAAAACUGCAGAAGAAAACGGACAGAAUGAGCUUUGAAAAGACUUAAAGUAAAGCAUUGCAGCUGUAGCCUGUUUCUUGAUUCAAACUCAUCUUUAAUUCAAAAGCACAAGAACUCUAUACUAAAUAUGGAAUUCUAAAAGAAUGCUACUGGAAUAUUUUCUGUUGACUUGGCAGACUCGUUUAGAGUGCAUUCACUUUCAGCAGUGCAGUACUAAACUAUGAGCUCAUCUCCCAUUCAUUUCCUCAGGGCUUAAUUAUGCAAAUAUCUGCCCAGUGAUAGCUGGUUACAGACUCUUUGUGAUUGACCCUUGAAAUGUAUAUGUACAUAUACUGAAGGGUUUCUUCCAAGAACUGGACACUUAAUCUAACAGACACUAAAAUGGUUUGUGUUUGUUGUUUUAUUCCUCCUUUUGUUUGCAGUGGUGUUGUUUGUGUAUAGAUUGUGUGACAGAUUACAAUAUCUGGUAAUGUAACAUUUCAUUUUCCCAAAUAAUGAAACGUACAUAAGGAUAUAUAUUUUCAGAAGUUAGCAUUGCUGGACUUAAAUUAACUGUUAGGUUGUAUACAUCUUAGAAAUGUAAUAUCCAAACUAUUCAGGCAGAUCUUAAAUAGUUAAUUAAGACAAACACAAUUACCCAUUCCCAGCUUUAAUUAAAAUGUUCUCUGGUUUAUUAAA